GAUAGUCUUGAUCUGUACUUCAACCAUUGAUUACUAGUGCAUUAUGCCAGAUUUCUCGGACAGAUGGACGAAGUCCAUGAUUUCAGGGGGUAACCCCUCAAUCUUUCCUGGCAUGAUGUCCCUCCCUGCGAUAUCCUCUGCGGAUGGUAAGCACUCAAUCGUCUGUUUGUCACAUCAACUUCGAAUUUAUUUUCUUCAGACAAGACAGUGCAUCAGAACAGUCGAUGUGGAUUUUUCACAGGCAUUGGCAGUGCAUUUAGACCCGGAGAGUGAAAAUCAGAUUGUUGUGUUCACGGCAAAUGAGAUAUUCUACGUGAACUGGAGGGAGAAAGUCGACACCCCUGUUGUUGCAAGACAAAGUAUUUCACCACCUUUCGAGGGGCUACAAAGCGUUUUUAAGGUCACUACAUUGAAGUACUUUGCUGCUGCCAAAGACGACUCCCAGCUCCUGAUUUACGCUCUUGAUAGAGAAACUGCCGCUGCAUCGAAAUCGUUUGAGGUGGAGUCUGUCCGUAAUUACGCUACCUCGGCCGACGGCCAUAAACUUGCUGUGGUACUUGAAAGCGGAGAUGUCUGUCUUUACGAUAUUUCUGCUCUGGCUGUUUCAUCGGACUUCAAGACCUUGUCUGAGUCCAUUGAAGCCACAAAAGAAAUGUUUAGUGGGCAAAAUAAGUCUGUCACCUGCAUUACAGUUUCUGAAUCUGGAAUUAUAGCCAUAGGCAACUCAGCAGGUGUCAUCAAGUUGAUAUAUGGUGGAUCUUCGACUGGCAAACCUCACAGAAAUCUCCGUUGGCAUAUUGAUCCUGUGAGAAGCCUUUCAUUCUCGGCAGACGAAGUAUACUUGGUAUCUGGAGGCAACGAGAAAGUUUUGGUGUUCUGGCACUUGGACCUGGACCGUACGCAAUUCCUCCCGAGAUUGUCUGGUCCCAUAGAUUGUAUAUCUGUGGACAAGAACCGUCCCGAUCACUACACGGUUGCCUUGUGUAUCACUGAAGGCCCCCAGCCUGCUCAUGAAAUCUUGACUAUCCUGGCGGUGGAUUUGAUCUCGCGGUUAUCCGUAAGUCCAGUGUGCCCAAAUUUCGCAACACCUGUGCGCCGUGCUGUGGAUGUUGCUCGCAAGAAUUACCAAUCUCAAAAUGACGAUCUCUCAAGCGUGCGGCACGAUGUGACCGCUCCUUUGGCAGUGCACCCAACCUCCAAACAUCUUUACUUUGCUCGAGGCUCAGCCAUUCAAGCGUAUGACAUGAUACGCGGAGAGCAGGCAUUUGUUCAACAUGCUGUGAUGCAGAUCUCUACCGGUAGAGUGAGAAGCGAGCGGAAAGUGGAGGAUCCAUCUGUGUCUGCCCUUGCAUUCAGUGCUGAUGGGCAGUGGAUGGUAACCUUUGACUCGAUGCCCACCCUGGACUUUGACAAUUUGAUGCUGAAAAAAGAUGUCUCUUUCGCUCUCAAAUUCUGGCAGUUGAAUGAGUCAUCGUGGCUGCUUGCGCUGAAGAUUGUUGAUCCUCAUGGCGCAGGCAUAGAGGUCGGAGCCAUUGUCACGCCAGGUGGGCAUACCUUCACGACUGUAGACAAGAAGGGUGGAAUUCGCGUGUGGAAACCUCGGGCUAACCAUGUUGGCGGACUGUCAUCAACUACUGCCACAGCAGGGGCACCAAACACGGUAACCCAAACAGUUUGGACGCUCCGUAGGGCCAACCCGCCAACAGCCACAGUGGCCCCUGUCGCGGCAUGUUAUUCUCCUGACCGUUCCCUCUUAGCAGUGUCUCAUGGGUCUACGGUGAGGAUUCAUGAGCCAGAGCUGCUACACGCUACCGAAUUUUCUCUUCCAGCUAUGGAGUCUUUCAUAGAGUCCCUUUCGAUUGUGGGUACCUAUUUGAUAAUUGUGUCUCAAAGAAAGAUGAUGCUGUUCGAUUUGGUCUCCUCCUGCGAAACCGACUUGUUUGCUCAAAUGUGCGCUCCCGGAGCAAGAAAUUUAGUUGCAGUUGAUUCGGCCAAGCAGCUUGUUGCUGUUGCGGUCAAUCAAUACUAUACCGAACCUGAGGUUUCGCUCCGGGGGAAAGUUCUAAUUUUCCGUCCGGAUUCGAUCGCACCGGUGUUCGCGACGGAACAUUCCCUGGCAAUCGCAUCUUUGGUUUGUACUCCUUCUGGCUUCUUGUUUGUUGACACCGAUAGCAGAAUAGGUCUUGUCGCUCCUGAGGUCAGGCAUGCUUUGAGCGGAGCAGCCCAUGAUGAUUUGUCUGCCCAAAUGAGCAAGAUGUUAGUGAACGCACAGGCAACAGCCAAUAUUUUGUUUGCACGCUCUGCUGAAGAGUCUACACGCCCUAUUGCCAACGACGACAGCGAUAAAUGGACAGCCUACAAGGCUGUGGAUGUGGCUGUCUUGCAGCCUAUAUUUUCUAACAUCGAAGGAGUCAGUUUAGAUUCGUUGUUUGAAAGAGUUGUGCGGGCGGUUCAAUGA